AUGUCGACGUCUCCCGAAGAUGAUGUUCUUGAGCGCGAGGGAGCAGAUUUGCCCAUGACCAUAGCAGCGUCGGUGGUGCUCGAGCAUUUACCCAAGGAUGCUGCCCGAGCACUGGAUACCGCAGGUGACGUCGAGCAAGCCAAAGUCACCAUUCGACUGUCUCCUUUGCCCAAUACGGCCCAGCUCCGACAGCCGCGAUUCAAGUGCUCUAGCAACCAGCGAUUCGAGUACAUUGUGAGGUUUCUCCGACGCAAGUUGGCCCUCCAGGAUCACGAAGCUGUCUUUUGCUAUGUCAAUUCCGUCUUUGCGCCCGGUCUCGACGAAGCGGUUGGCAACUUGUGGAGGUGCUUCAAGACAGGCGACGAGCUAGUCGUCUCCUACAGUAUCACGCAGGCUUUCGGAUGA